AUGUCCUCUACUGCUAUUGUUGAUCCUGAAGAAGCAUUUGCUCUCAUUUCCAAGAAUUUGCAAGAAGUCUUGAACCCACAAAUCAUCAAAGAUGUGCUCGAAGUACAAAAGAGACAUUUGAAAUUGUACUGGGGUACUGCACCAACCGGAAGACCUCAUUGCGGUUACUUUGUUCCCAUGACCAAGCUUGCUGACUUCUUGAAAGCAGGUUGUGAAGUGACUGUUCUGUUAGCUGACUUACACGCCUUUUUAGAUAACAUGAAGGCUCCAUUAGAAGUUGUGAACUACAGAGCCAAGUACUACGAAUUGACCAUUAAAGCCAUUUUACGAAGCAUCAACGUUCCAAUUGAAAAACUGAAAUUUGUUGUUGGUUCUUCUUACCAGUUAACACCAGAAUACACCAUGGAUAUCUUUAGAUUAUCCAACAUUGUUUCACAAAACGAUGCUAAAAGGGCCGGCGCUGAUGUCGUUAAGCAAGUUGCCAAUCCAUUAUUGAGUGGGCUCAUUUAUCCCUUGAUGCAAGCAUUGGAUGAACAAUUCCUUGACGUUGACUGUCAAUUUGGUGGUGUUGACCAGAGAAAAAUUUUUGUAUUAGCAGAAGAAAACUUGCCCAGUUUGGGUUACAAAAAAAGAGCCCACCUAAUGAAUCCUAUGGUUCCAGGUUUAGCUCAAGGUGGUAAAAUGUCUGCCUCUGAUCCAAAUUCCAAAAUCGACCUUUUGGAAGAACCAAAACAAGUGAAGAAAAAGAUCAACAGCGCAUUCUGUAGUCCUGGUAAUGUUGAAGAAAAUGGUUUGUUAUCAUUUGUGCAAUAUGUUAUUGCACCAAUCCAAGAAUUGAAGUUUGGCGCAAAUCACUUUGAAUUUUUCAUUGAUAGACCAGAAAAGUUCGGCGGCCCAAUGACUUAUAAAUCCUUCGAAGACAUGAAAUUGGCUUUCAAAGAAGAAAAAUUGUCCCCACCUGAUUUAAAAAUUGGUGUUGCUGACGCUAUCAACGAGUUGUUGGAGCCAAUCAGACAAGAAUUCGCCAAUAAUAAAGAAUUCCAAGAGGCCUCUGAGAAAGGUUAUCCCAUUGCUGCACCACAAAAGACGAAGAAAGCGAAAAAACCAAAGAAUAAGGGUACCAAAUACCCAGGCGCUACGAAGACUGACGAAGUUGCUUCAAAACUAGAGGAAACCAAAUUGUAA